UAAAAACUAGAGCAGAAACACGCGACUCGUUCCAACUCAUUCGUGAUGUGUCUCAUAGUCAGGUGAACGGUCGCUGUUUUUCGGGUAGACUCUUUGUUUACGUGUGACUCUCUUUACGUUUUGGUCACGCGCGAUGUCAAUGGAUAUCUUGCGGAAUUGCGUCAUCUCCUCAUGACGCCGAGUCUAUUGUUUGUAGGGAUAGUCAGGAAUAGCUAGGCAGUGUGACAACGUGUCAAGAUCUGUAGGACUGUUUUUGAGCAAGAUUUAAUUCAAGAGAAACGGAUCAAGAUGUUGUGCAUGAAGAAAUUGUAUCGGGAGGAGUUGCUGCAGCUCGCAUUGCUGCUCUCCUUGCUGCGUGUGGAUCCUAACUCCUACCUUGGCCUAGAUAUUCAGACAAUCGGCGUGGGAUCUCUGGAUCUCAACAAUGGAUCUGGAUGGCACACGGAUCACACAAUUGUCCAUCGCCCGAUGUUCAUCCAUCCAAAGAAUCCAGACUCUAUGCUUCUGAAUUACCAAAGGGAUCUAUUCGAGGAACUCAACUCGUUGGGCAGAUACAACAGAAUGAAUUCUGGUCUCAAUGCCAUACAGGCCUAUCUACUGAAUGUCGAAGAAUCCAAUAGAAUGGCAGGCCCCAGUGUACCAGUUUCUACAAACACAACUAGGAAUAUGACAUCUCCUGAUCCACCAACUUCCACCCAGAAUCCUGCAGAGCCAGUUGGCGCAGCGGAGCUCACUCAAGAGGAUAUGGAUCUGAUUGAGGUUCUUUGGAAGCAGGAUGUAGACCUGGGAUUUACCCUGGUAGAACCGGCUACGGCGCCUACCAAAAAGCCAUCUACAUCUGAAAAAGAAUCAGCAGAUGAAAUUGAGAAGCUGAAAGCUUUAGAAGCUAUUAAUGCCACUUAUCAAAAGAAUGAUACCAAAGAAUCCGAGCCGCAGGAAGAUGAUCCAUGGGCAGGACUUCCUUACACUGUAGAUCUUGAAACUGGCGAAUACAUUCUCAGCUCUGGCAAUCAAAACGGAAGUGGAAGUAGCAUCAUCGAAGAGGACGAUCCGCUUCUCAACGAAGCAUCGUUAGCUUUAGACAAUCAUCCUUUGGCUGAUUUAACUGAUGAUUCUCUCGGUCUAAACGACACUCUAGGACUUGAGCAUGAUUUUACUUCAGAAUUACUCGGAGGUAGUCUCUUGGAAAGCGCUGGCGUAGAAGGUCUGCUCAGCAACGAUACUCUAGGCUUGCCCGACGAAUUUAAUCUCGAAGAGGCGCUUCAGCUCGUUGGCCUCGAUGAAGCUCAACCAGAGGAAACGAAGUCGGACGUAAAGAAGAAGAAGAAAGAAGAUACCGCCGAGGAGUCCGCAAGUGUAGAGGGCGACGCGGCCAUUACCGCCUCGAGUAACGCCGAGGUCGUGAAGUCAUCUUCUAGGUGCGAGGAUCCCGAGACCGGCGACAUGAUUCACACACCGCAGUUUCAUCAUCCCCAUCAUCCACACCACCGCUCCUUCCAGGGUCGCAUGCCGUUCAUGCGAGCGAUGAGCAUGGAACAGCGGUGGCAAGAUCUUGCGUCUCUUUUAUCUCUGCCAGGAGCACCGGAUCACUUCGCACAUCCAGCGCAUCCUGGAUAUCCAGGACACGGUAUAAGUCACAGCCAUUACGAGGCGCAACGUAACGUAUUGCUCCAUAAUCCUACCUUAGCGCCUCCGGUCGGGGAUCUCAAUUCAACGGGACCUUACCACAAUGUGGGUGGGUCGUCGAAUUUGGGUUCAGCUGUGGCAACAUCAAUGAAUUUGACAAACAGUAGUGAGCCAAUGGGUGCAGAGAGUGGCGCAAGUUAUAAGUCUGAACCUAACGAUAUGAUGUAUUAUCAUACCCCGACGACAGAUUCCAUCAACCAAACCACUGACGGAUUUCUUUCGUCUCUACUCAAUGAUGAGGACUUGCACCUAAUGGACAUGGCCAUGAACGACGGCAUGUAUACCAUGCGUAUGUUGGACAAUGGUAGCAACAAUGCAUCCGGACCCACCGGUGCAACGGCUUUAUCGGGUGUCCAGACGACUGGCGGCACAACUUCGACGGCUACGGGUGUUACGACUUUACCUGGUGUAGCCGACGAAAGGAUGGAUGCUUCAAGCGAUAGUGCUGUUAGUAGUAUGGGUAGCGAACGCGUACCAUCUCUGUCGGACGGCGAAUGGAUGGAAACUGGAUCCAAUUCCAGCCAUACUCAAGCCGACUCCCAUUACACUAUGGAUUACGCGAGCAAAUAUCGCAUGCCAUACGACUGCAGCUACUCAGUGUCCGCGAGAAAUGCCGGCUCGCCAAGAUGCCAAACCGAACGAGCGGUACCACCAGUCGCACAGAAGAAACAUCAAAUGUUCGCCAAACGAUAUUUCCAGGAACAAGGCACUUGCUCACCUUUAGGGGCUACCGCACAUCCAACCACUCCGAUGAAAUAUGAUUACGACACGCAUACAGUCGGUGCAGGUGCACCGGGAAACACAUAUUCUGGACCAAUCGAGGGUGCGACAGGACCGCAGCCAGAAAUUAAAUAUAGUUGUAGCGUGGAUUUCAGCCGUCAUCAAUCCGGACGAUCUGUAAUAGAACAUGUCCAUCAUAAUCACACUUAUCAUUUACCUGCUGAAAGCUCAGGAUCAUUACAACGUCCUAUUUCUCGUGACAAAAAAGUUCGCAAAAGUGAAGGGGAGGAACAUCUAACGAGAGAUGAAAAGAGAGCAAGAGCAUUGAAUGUACCGAUUGCAGUCAGUGAUAUCAUCAACCUUCCUAUGGAUGAAUUUAACGAACGUCUCAGUAAAUAUGACCUCAGUGAAGCACAACUAUCUUUAAUACGCGAUAUUAGAAGACGAGGAAAAAACAAGGUUGCUGCACAGAAUUGCCGCAAACGCAAAUUGGAUCAAAUCAUGAAUCUAGCUGACGAAGUGAAAGAGAUGCGGGAUCGUAAGAUAAGGCUCGUUCGCGAACGCGAGUUUAUGCUCAUCGAGAGGCAGCGGGUGAAAGACAAAUUUAGUCAACUUUACCGUCAUGUUUUUCAGUCUUUACGGGAUCCGGAUGGUAAUCAGUAUCAUCCAUACGAAUAUAGUCUUCAACAGUCUGCAGAUGGGAACGUUUUGUUAGUUCCCAGAAAUCAGACUAAUCCGCACCAGUCACGACAGUCUUCGAUGGAGCCGAAGACCAAACCUGAUCCUGAGCACAAGGAAUGAACUGCUGAAGGAUCGUAUGUCAAUGUGAUUGAUUAUUGAAAAACUUCUGUUUUUCUUGAGUAGCGCGUCCAAAGCGUAAUGGAAGCAAACACGGUGCUGGGGAGCGAAUAUCGUACGCAUGAUUAGAUUUACUGCGUAUAAUUCGGAAAAAUAGAGUUUAUGAUCUUAGACUUGACAUACCUCGCACUGUGUCCAAAUAAACAACGAAAAUUCGAGGAUACCUGCUUACAAAUCGCGACUUCUACGCGGUUUCUGACAGAUGAUUUUUUUAACAUAUUAGAGAUUUUAGUAGGAAGAAAGAUAGGAUUUCAUAAUCCUAAUGUGGUUUUUGUGUGCAUGGGUGAUGCUACAGUUUUCAGUUACUUUGACUACCCGUGUUAACACAUUUUUUCAUCUCCAAAAAUCAUAAUUUCAUGCAUUUUCUUUUCAUUUUCAUAAUCAAAGAUUUUUACAUUACAGAAAGGAUAGUAUCGGGUAAUGUUGUAUUUGUUUGUAUAUAAUGUAUCUUGUCUGUUGUGACUGUCUUUAAUAAGACCAAUAAUUAAUAAUAAAAUAAAACCGAA